UUCAUAUGGAUAUUUUUUUUUGAGUUUAUUAGUUAAUAAACUGAUCAAAAACAAUGUCACAUCGGAUGAAAUAUACGUUGAAACAGAAAAUAUCCAUAUUGAAUGAAUAUGAUCACGGUAAAGCAACAAAACGUAUUGCUGAAGAAUAUCAGAUGCCAAUUUCAACGGUUUUAUAUUUUAUAAGAAAUCGUUCAAGAUUUGAAUUUGAAAUUACUGAAAGUCAAGAUGAUGAUAAUGGUAUGGAUUAUCGAUUAAAUUUAUCCAAUAAACAACAACAUGAUAAACGAAUUCAUCGUAUAAUACAACGAAAAAAUGAUUCAUCGAACGAUCAUCAACAUUCAUUGAAACGUAAACGAUUGACUAAAUUAUUGAAAUCAGAAUCGGCAAGUUCGAGUGAUGAUAAUGAUAAUGAUGAUGAUCAACAACAAAAACGACAGAGCCAAUCUUCAAUACAACAGAUAAGAAUACGAAAAAUUCCAUAUGAAAUGAAAUUGAAGAUAAUUAAAGCAUGGGAAAAUCGUGAUCAAAUUACCGGCUGCAUUGAUAAUGGUGGUGGUGGUGUGGGCUGGUCAAUGCGUAAAAUUGCCGAACGUUUUGGUGUUUCUUCACGUAGUGUUAGCCGUUGUAUUGCUAAAAGAAAUGAUUUGAAAUUAUCAAUGUCAUCAUUGAACACUGAUACCGCCGGUGGUGGUAGUGGUAGUAAUAAUCAUAAUUCUGAUGAAUAUCGUAAUCACCAUAUUGAUGAUGAAUUUGACAUCAUUGAAGAUGAUGACGAUGAAGAUACUGAUUCAAUAGCGAUUCAACCAAAUGCUAGUGGCACCAUUGAUCAUCAUUCCAACAUUGAUGAUUCAAUUGAUCAGCGACCUCAUUCUUCUUCUCUUAAUUUCUCUAUGAUGAUUCCAAAUUCGAAUCCUGAGAUUAUGUUUGAAAAUAAAGCUCAAACUGAAGUGGUCAACAGACAAUCUAUAGUUUCGAAUCUAAUAUCACUACCAGAAUGGAUUGAUUCAGGUAGUAAUAAUGGUUAUCAUUCAUUGGAUGAAGAACUUGUCAUUUCGAUUAAUGAAAUUUUCGAUCAUCUUAAACAUAUCCGUAUCAUUUCUAAACGGCUAUCAUCACCAUUAAAUUCAUAUGCUUUAGAAUUUACGGAAACAAUGUUGAAUACUGCUAAUAAUUAUGUUGAUCGUCUUUUUCGUUCAGACAAAUCGAAUAAUAAUUGUAAUGAAAACGGUAGUAUCGAUUCCAAUGAUAAUCAUCGAUCGAAAAGAUCUAUUUCAUUGGAUUCGAAUUCGUAAUAUUAGAAUGUUUUCAAAUUUUUUCUUAUCUAGAGAAUUUUGAUUAGGCGUGUGCAAUGUUUA